UCCUCCCGCCCCUCCUCCCCCCCUCCCCCCGGCGGCGCCCGCAACAUCAUUCGCCGCCGCGCAACUCAAGAAGCCAAAGCCGCGAACGAGAACCGUCGUCCGGCUGGAACGAGGGCUGCAGGUGCUGGUGGUAGUACGCAGACGAUGUUGAAGUUGUAUACUGAAGAGGGAGUUGGGUUGAAAGUUGACCCCGUUGUGGUUUUGGUCAUUUCGCUUGGGUUCAUUGCGUCUGUUUUCGCUUUGCACAUAAUCUCCAAGUUGGCGAGGAAGUUCUCCGCAUAA